AUGAAAAAACAUCAGGAGAAUCAAACCAACUUUGCAGGAUUCAUCCUCCUGGGUUUCUCCUCCUCACCAGAUCGCCAAGGAUUUCUCUUUCUCAUCUUUCUCUUUAUGUACUUGCUUUGUGUGUUAGGAAACCUCCUAAUAAUCUUAUUGAUCUUCUCUAAUGCCAGCCUCCUCUAUGCGCCCAUGUAUUUGUUUCUUUCUCACUUGUCAUUGGCUGACAUUGGAUUUACUUCUUCAAUUGUGCCUAAAAUGCUGCAGAGCUUGGUGUCUCAGUCAAAUACCAUAUCCUUUAGUGGUUGUUUAACACAGCUGUAUUUCUUUGUGAUAUUCUGUACGACAGAUAAUCUUCUCCUGACAUCUAUGGCAUAUGACCGCUAUGUAGCCAUCUGCCGCCCCUUGUAUUAUGCCAGAAUCAUGAACUAUAAAUGUGCUUUACGAUUAGCUGCUACAUCUUGGCUCUUGGCUCAUGCCCAUUCUUUGCUGUAUGUACUGUUGGUAUCUGAUUUUACAUUUUGUAAUUCCCAGGAAAUUCCUCAUUUUUUCUGUGAUGUCCAUCCAUUAUUGAAGCUCACCUGCUCCGAUACCUCAUUAGUUGAAAUGGUCUUAGUCAGUGAAGGUUCAACUGCUCUUCUUGGGCCCCUCUUAUUCAUUCUCCUCUCCUAUAUCUUCAUCAUAUUCAAGGUGAUGAAGAUUCCAUCUAGAUCUGGGAAGUUCAAGGCCUUCUCCACUUGCAGUGCCCAUCUUACUACGGUGACCUUGUUCUAUGGAUCUCUGAUGGGCACCUACCUUCGCCCAUCCCAUACCUAUUCUGGGUCCCAGCUGAAAGUGGCAUCAAUAGUAUACACAGUGGUCACCCCGUUACUCAAUCCUUUCAUAUACAGCCUGAGGAACAGUGAGAUACAUACGGCCACAAAGAAGUUAUUUAGGAAUUGGUUUCAGAAGAACUGA